GUUUGUUGUUCGUAAAUUAAGCUGAAUUACACAGUAGAGACGCCCGCCGGUGAGCGACGAACUUUUGCGGCAAAAUAUUCUCCUACACAGCUAAGGUACACCAUCGAAAGACAGACGCAACAGUCUUACCGCUAGCCAUCCCUUUUAAGUGGCCUGCGGCUCAGUACACGUAAACCCGUGCACGUAAAUCCACCCUAGAGGCAAUGGAAAUGGAAAAGCGGAAGACAAAAGUUGCUUUUAUAAAAGCAACGAGCGCGGUGAAAGGUGUCGCCAUUGUUUGGUUUGCGCUUUUUGUUGUUGGAACGUCAAGUCGCGGGAUUUCCCGAGUGUACAUGCAGGACAAGUGAACGUACUCCGGAUACCGGGAAGUGCAAUGAAGCACUGUAAAUCACUAAAUUUGCUAGCCGUACUGGGCAUAGUGACGCUGCCAUCGGUUUUCGGCUAUAGUUAUUCCAGUGUGCAACACUACCAGGAUGACGUCAACCAGGAGGACGCCAUCCCACUAGAUUCCGAAUCUGAGGAAAUUCAGCAAAACUUCGUCAUAGGCACUACACACUCGGAAAAGAAGCACGCCUAUCCGGUUCCGGUUUUCCAGAAAAUCGGAGUCCCCGUACCCCAUCCGAUCCCGGUGGCGGUUCCCCAGUACGUGAAGGUUAACAUUCCCCAACCCUAUCCGGUGCAGGUCAACGUGGAACAGCAGAUCAAGGUGCCCGUCUACAGGAUCGUGCCGAAGAUUAUCGAGCGACCCGUGCCAUAUACAGUUGAGAAGUCCUACCCGGUCGAGGUGGAGAAACCCUUCCCCGUGGAGGUGUUGAAGAAGAUAGAAGUCCCAGUUCCGAAGCCGUACCCGGUACCAGUGCCCAUCUACAGGCAUGUUACGCAUAAGGAAAAGACACACCGUAGCUGGCGAUACUAGAAGCGUCAGUCAUAUUGACGGUUAAAAUUGUUAUCUAAUAAUAUGAAUUAAUUUAUUGUGAAAAAUAAAAUUAUUCAAAUGUUAUAUAUAACUACGAUUUUGUAUAAGUACUCACUUUUA